GCUCGCUCUAGCAAUUCUGUGCUGCUCAGAUUCGGUUUAGUUCAUUUCCGCAGCUGGCGGCGUUGGCAGUAUCGCGAUUACGACUAGCAGUUGCGAAGUGAGAUUCUGAUUUUGAAUCGGUUUCGGGAUCAUAUCGCGGGUACGCACAUAUGUAUGUGGCGUAGGGUACCGAGCUCUGACAGCACUAGGUGAUCCAGGAGUGGAGUGUCGGGUCAGGUCGAAACUUUCGGCUUGAUUCUCAGUCAGGUGCAGGCCAUUCGGCAGGCGGUCGGCGGAAGAGUGCAUCGCGUAGUAUUCGAAUAUAAAAAUAAAUAAAAGCACCGAAACAAACUAAAAACUACUGGUGCAGGAAGAGCUGUGCUGCCAAUUGGCGGGCUUGCCAAGGAGAUACUAUACGGAUCCCAUUGGAAAUACCGAUUACGGAAUAGAGAAUACAGAAUACUGAAUAGUGAACAGAGUGGUCAAACGGACAUGGAGCGGAAGGUGUACCAGGACACAACUCGACCGCUCCCCAGGGUUUCGCAAGCUCGGUACUACAACAAGCACGACAAGAGCGAUCUGGGCGAGGACUUUGUAGCCCCCGAUGCGGGGUGGGCGUGGCUCGUUUGCGUGGCCGCUGGGGUAUCCAAUCUGUCCAUCUACCCCUGCCUGCAACAGUUCGGCUUCCUGUUCAGGGAGCGCCUCUCCGAUCUGGGGAUGUCCAGCUCCCAAAUCACGGCCAUCAUAAACACAAAUCCGGCCGUAUCCGCCUGUACAGGUCUGCUCAACGGGCCGAUGUUCCGGAGAUUCACCUUUCGGCAGGUGGCUAUGGCCGGCGCGCUCCUCAUCUCCGGCGGCAUCGCCCUGACCGCCUUCUGUGAGACUUUUGUGGGCUACAUGGUGGCCUACGCCCUUCUGUUCGGCUUCGGCAUGGGCAUCAGUGUGUCCGCUUCCUCGCUGGCGAUCAACACGUACUUUCAGCAGAAGCGUCGUCGGGCGGCGGGAUUCUCGUGGACGAUCACGGGCCUGGGCCCGAUCUUCCUGCCCCACCUGGUCACCUUUCUGCUGCCCAUCUACGGCGUGCAGGGCACCACCCUGCUCUUCGCCGCCAUCUCGCUGCACGCGUUCGUCUGUGCGCUGAUCUACCAGCCUGUUCGUUACCAUGUGAAGCUGCCGGAGGAUCCGCCGGCGGAUCCGGAGCAGCAGGCGGAGCAGGCGAGCCACUUGUGUGCCCACUGCGCCUGGCAGCAGAAACGCGAGCCGGGCGGCAUCUUCUCCAGCCAGUAUCUGUGGCAGGACGACGACGCCCAGCGCCCAGGCUACGAGAUCUGUGAGCCCGGCACUCCGAUGCUCUCGCGGGCAAACGAUGGAUGGUAUGGAUCGCGGCUCUCGUUGACCUCGGGUCGCUUGCGAUUCCGCACCAUUUCCAGCUCCAAGGACCUGGAGCAGACGCAGCGGCUCCACUGCCCCAUAAGCGAGGAGCAGAGCAGUCACGAGGCCGAUGAGUUUCUGCGCCCCAAUAACUUUCGGCGGGAGCGGGUGGAGUCCAAUCUGGAGGCCAAGCUGUGUUGUCGCUGCGCGGAGCGGCGAGAGGAGCACAAUAACAACCAUAAUAACAAGAAGGAGAAGGAGCCGGAGGAGGUUGGGCUGGCGGUGGAGGAGGCUCCCCUCCACGAUCCCCAGAUGAGUUUUCUGGCCAAGGUGGUGACCUUCUUCGAUCUCGACCUUCUGCGUGACUUCACCUUCGUCAAUCUGGUGGCCGGACUGACGAUAAUCAACUUCGGGGAGCUCAACUUCUCCAUCCUGACGCCCUUCAUCCUGGCAGACUUUGGGUUCGACACGCCGCAGGUCACCUUGGCGAUGUCGCUGCUGGCGGGCAUGGACAUCACCAUGCGGUUCCUGGUGCCCUUCCUCACCGAGAAGAUCCCGUGGGACAACCGGGUCUUCUUCCUCAUCGGCGUGGUGGGCAUCGCCCUCGGCCGCACAGUGGUGGCCUGCACCCGCUCGUACAGCAUGAUCCUCUGCAGCUUCGUGUGGAUCGGCCUUUGCAAGGGCGUGCGCACCAUCUUUUGGCCCCUGAUCAUUCCCGGCUAUGUGCCCCUGAACCGCCUGCCAGGAGCCUCGGGACUGCAGCUCCUGAUCUCCGGCCUCUUCACCCUGAUAUGCGGGCCGUUUGUCGGCCUGGUGCGGGAUCGGUACAACUAUUCGGUUACCCUGCACUGUCUCAAUAUGAUGUCCUUCGUGGCGGCGGCCUCCUGGACGGUGGAGGCCCUAGUUCGGCGGCAUCGUCGCAAGCAGCGCCUGGUGGACAGCUGAAGGACCUUCAGAUGGCGUUAUGCAACCCAAAGACAUUGUAGCAUAAGAACCACUUUUUUUUGCUAGCCCUAAGGAAAUGUUUUGUACAAUAAAUGUGCCUUAACAUUA